UCACCUUGACGAGGCGGCGAAGUUUAAAAGCGCAGUGUUGGCUGAUGUUGCAUUCCGGUGCAAAGUGAGCAGCUUCCACUUUGCUUUUUGUGGCUGCUGUUGCUUUGCGGCACGCUGCCCUCCCUGCGCACAUGGCUUGUGGAAUUUAUUUGGGGGUCUUGCUGAUUUGCUUCCUUCAAGCAGAACACGUUCGCUGUUUGUGGGCUUCUCAAGAAGUUGAAGGAAAGGCGUAUGUUGGCUUUGUUCAAGAUGGCGAUAAUGAUCUAAGUGUCCCGAACAAGGCUCCCCAGAAUCAAUUCAGACAAGUGGUUCGGGCCUCGGCGCAAAGCGGCAGUAGCGCCAGAAUCUAUUCCCCGAAUGCCGACGGACUAUACCGACCUCGAGUCGGUUACUCGUCACUCAAGGUGGUUCGACAACGCCCGGUGGUCACGCCCGUCAAGAACGAGGUGCACCAGAAGCCUAAGCGGCCUAAUCUUUCGUCGGUCGUUGUGAGUUCGGGUUCUGUGAGCAGACACCACCAGCAUGCCUCCCACCUUACUGGAAGACGACACGCAGGACUGGAGAAACCCAACGGUGGCGACCGCUCAUCCCGUUUGUUCGUCGCGGCGGCCAAAAAGCCCAAGCGACCUCACCUCUCGACGGCUGUUGUUAGUUCAGGCUCUGUGAGCAGACACCACAAGACCGAUGGACGACAUGGUGCCGACCGCUCCUCCGUGAAGUCCAGUUUGUUCGUUCCGGGUUACGGCAAGCGGAAGUUCUUGGCCAACAUGCAGACGUCUGCCAACGGCGUUGCCACCAAAGUCCUAAUUGGUCAAGAGCCUCCGAUACAGAAAAAACACUCAAAAGAUUACAAGAACCACAACAGAGGCCAUAUUAGCUUUCACGGUAAACGGCACCGUGCGACCGAUACGUCAUCGGUGGCAGAUGAACGCUAUGCUCCCACUGACAUCCUUAUCAUCCCCGAACGCUACGGCGGCUUCCCCAUUCGGCGACUGAAGGAUACCGGAUCCCGAAAGGUGCCCCUCCACAAGCAUGUCAGCCAUAAAUCCGCUGCCCACCAUCAUAGAUCAGGGAUCAACUGGACCAGAGUCAAGCUGACACGCUGACCAUGGUAACGAUGGCUCUAACAUGCAAAGACAUUCAAAUGUCCCCCCCCCCCUUUCCAACUGGAUAACUA